AUAAAAAUAUAACGAAAAUAUACGGAUUGUUGAGAAAUUCAGCGCGUUUUUAAAAUACUAAUCGAAGAAGCGACGCUCGCGGCUUUGAUUUCCUCGCAAACAAAACGCAAAUACGGACAAUAAACAGAACACGGCAUGCCGUUGCCCUCGAGCUCCUUCUCCCAGAAGGGACCCACAUGCUUUGAUAAGAUGAAGAGUGGCUUUAUCAUUGGCUUCUGCGUCGGCAUGGCCAGUGGAGCACUGUUCGGUGGCUUCUCGGCCCUCCGAUACGGACUGCGUGGACGUGAGCUUAUCAACAAUGUGGGCAAAGUGAUGAUACAGGGCGGCGGAACUUUUGGUACUUUCAUGGCCAUUGGUACAGGAAUACGCUGUUGAGCCCACAGCAGCCCCUUGGGAGCAGCAGCCUCUGCUUCUGCUGGCAUUUUUGGCAAAGUUUUAGACUAUUAACACAUAAACUAAUCAUUAUUCAAGCCUUGUUUAAAUUACGUUAAGUUAUUGCAAUAGAGAUUUAAAAUUAA